CGCCCAUCAUGGAAUAGGUCACGCCCCCACUGAAUUACUGAUCGUUACACUCGUUUGCUGACGUAAAUCUUUUAUUUAUUAUUGAAUUAUUAUUUUUAUCCCCAUUGAGGCUGCUUAUACUUUGGACCGAGUUUAUUCUCAUCGAAUCACAGCAAGGCAUAGCCCAGGCGUAUCCAAUGAAAUUAAGUAUUAUUCAGUCCCGCCCAUUUACGCGUAUCCCAGGAAGUGCUCGUUGACACUCUUGUGAAUGAUUCUUCAAAGAACGAUCGUCAGAAUUUCUCUCUGUGUAGAUUUAACACAAUGGAAGUGGACCGAAAAGGCAUCGUCCUUAUAACCGGUGGAGGAGGUUAUUUUGGAUUCCGUCUUGCCUGUGCACUCUUCAAAAACUCCUCAAAAGUCGUGCUUUUUGAUGUGAGGCCCCCGAGUCAGGAGUUGCCAGAGGGUAUCGAAUUCACAAAGGCAGACAUCCGUGACUACACACAGGUGGAAAAUGCAGUCCGGGGCGUUCACUGUGUGUUCCACAUCGCCUCCUAUGGGAUGUCAGGGCGAGAGCAACUCAAACACAAACUAAUCGAAGAAGUGAACGUACAGGGGACGGAGAACGUCCUCCGGGCGUGCGUGGCACACGGCGUCCCUCGACUGGUCUACACGAGCACAUAUAACGUAGUGUUCGGAGGUCAGGUGAUUAGGAACGGUGAUGAAAGUUUGCCUUAUUUACCCUUACACCUCCACCCUGAUCACUAUUCCAGAACUAAGUCUGUGGCUGAGAUGCAGGUGUUGAAAGCCAACGGUUCACCGCUGAAGAAUGGCUCUGGGGUACUACAGACAUGUGCCUUGCGUCCAGCUGGUAUUUACGGCCCCGGGGAGCAAAGACACCUGCCUAGAAUAGUCAGUUACAUUGAAAAGGGCAUCUUUAGGUUUGUGUACGGGGACCCUGAGAGUCUUGUUGAGUUUGUCCAUGUGGAUAAUCUGGUGUCCGCACACCUGUUAGCUGCAGAAGCGCUCACUGAAAAGCGUCAACACCGCGCCGCCGGUCAGCCCUAUUUCAUAUCUGACGGACGACCCGUCAACAACUUCGAGUUCUUCAGGCCUCUGGUGGAGGGGCUGGGAUACACCUUCCCAACACUUCGACUCCCGAUAUCUCUCAUAUACCUCUUUGCAUUCCUGACCGAGAUGGUUCACCAUGUCAUCGGUCAGAUCUAUAACUUCCAGCCCCUCCUGACCUGUACGGAGGUCUACAAGACGGGCGUCACCCAUUACUUCAGUAUGUGCAAGGCACAAGAAGAGCUGGGAUACGAGCCCAAAAAGCAUGACCUGGAAGAGGUUGUGCAGUGGUUUCGAAUCAGAGGUCACGGGAAAACCCACGGACAGUCAUCAAUAAAGAAACUCAUUUUAGAUGUUUUGAUCGUUGUGGUGUUUGCAGCGUUGAUUCUUUCUUUUCUGCCUGUUGUGGGACAGUAAUACAUGCUGUAACAUCAGUUUUAGCACCGCGCCUUAUGUGUGAGGUUUAUACUGACCUGACUGAAUUAAGAGACAAAAAAAUUCCUCUAAUAAUUUCUGUUUUGUUGUGUAGUGUGCUAAAUAAAGUUGGGUUUACAAUGAAAGGUUGUGAACAAAUCGGCAAGAUUAUACAGUUCAGUGGAGGCCAAACUGUACAUGGAUUUGAGAAUCUUUUAGUAUGUUUGUCUUUUGGUUUAAUGACAGAAUGUAAGCUGACAGACAGAUAAAAAGCAGAAAAAGUGCAGAAUCUUUAUUCGUGGUAUAUGCCAUAACUUUUUCAGUUUCACUUAUUUUCAAAAUCCUAAAAUUUUCUGUUUAUACUUUUAAAUGUGCUCCAUUUAAGAUUGUGGUUUUGCUUACUUGUUAAUGAAUAAAAAGCAUUUUGUGCAAAAAGCUUUGUCCCUUUAACACCAUAUAAGUUGUUUUACCCCACUAAUACAAACACUGGACUGCUGUACACACAAGAUAACACUGAUGAUAACUUGUUAUUGUAAGAAGAAAGACAAUACUGCAGGAUUAUGGUGCAUUACAUGAUGUUUCUACCCCGGUAAUAAACUAUUGAAUCA